AUGAGCGAUAAGGUGUCGUACAAUUCACUUCCUUGUUACAAGUGCGGGGCUCCCAGCUCUAACCACAGCAAGCAACGGGUUUCAAUAUACAUUUAUCGGAGAGAUAGGAAAGCGCUCAAUUCACUUCCUUGUUACAAGCGCGGGCCUCCCAGCUCUGACCACGGGGCGAGGCACCCAAACACGUCCACAACACGCCAAAGAUUUCAUCGGACAAGCACAUGGACGAUGUUUCUGGUAUAUGUUCUACUGCUUGUCUCAUUGCCGGACUCCUCACAAGAAGAUUGUCACUGUCUGAAUGAUUGCACAAAUUUCCCUGGUUCACCUUGCCCAGGAACAUCGUGCCAAACAGGCUGGUUUGGGAGUUACUGCCAAAAGCGCAACAUAGCACGUGGAAAGCCGACAUCGCAGACCAGCACAUUGCAAGAAUAUGAGUAUGCUUCACCAGACAAGGCAGUCGAUGGCAAUACUGACCAAAAGUUUGAGGGUGAAAGUUGUACGCACACAGACGACAAGCUGUCUAGUGGAGCAGAGUGGCGUGUUAACUUCACUACCCAAUUGGAGAUUAGACGGAUGAGAAUAUAUCUGCGUGAUGUCUUGACUGAACGCAACGUUGGCCUUCAGGUGAAGGUUGGUGACCAGCCGUGUUACACAUUGUCUGGACAACAGACUGUUGUGGAUAUUACAUGUGGUGAAGUUUUGAGUGGUUCAUCUGUAUCAAUAAGUGGAAAUAUACUGACAUUAUGUGAGGUGCAGAUCUUCCAAUGCAGCGACGGCUGGUUCAGCUCUGACUGUGACAAGCAGUGUCAGUGUCAGGGUACAACUGAAGUAUGUAACAAGGAGACUGGCAACUGUAGGAGUGGAUGUGCUGCCGGGAAACAAGGACUGGGCUGUCAGCAAGAUUGUGGCCAAAAUCGUUAUGGCAUCCAGUGUUCCUCUACGUGUGGUCAGUGUCGCGGGUCAUCGAACUGUAAGAAGGAUGAUGGAACCUGCCCACAAGGAUGUCAGCAGGGUUACAGUCUCCCUUUGUGUAAAACCUGUUCUUCUGGUUAUUAUGGGUCCACGUGUACAGGAUGUGGCCGCUGUCAGAACAAUGCUCCUUGUAACACGGCAGAUGGGAGUUGUGAUGCUGGGUGUCAAACUGGAUAUCAGGGGUCACUGUGUCAAGAAUGCCGCGAUGGAUGGUUUGGCUCUGACUGUGAAAGGCAGUGCCAGUGUCAGGAUACAACUGAUGUAUGUGACAAGGUGACUGGCAACUGUAGGAAUGGAUGUGCUGCCGGGAAACAAGGACUUGGCUGUCAGCAAGAUUGUGGCCCACAUCUUUAUGGUAUCCAGUGUUCCUCUACGUGUGGUCAGUGUAGCGGGUCGUCGGACUGUCAGAAGGAUGAUGGAACAUGCACACAAGGAUGUCAGCAGGGUUACAGUCCCCCUUUGUGUAGAACCUGUUCUUCUGGUUAUUAUGGGUCCACGUGUACAGGAUGUGGCCGCUGUCAGAACAAUGCUCCUUGUAACACGGCAGAUGGGAGUUGUGAUGCUGGGUGUCAAACUGGAUAUCAGGGGUCACUGUGUCAAGAAUGCCGCGAUGGAUGGUUUGGCUCUGACUGUGAAAGGCAGUGCCAGUGUCAGGAUACAACUGAUGUAUGUGACAAGGUGACUGGCAACUGUAGGAAUGGAUGUGCUGCCGGGAAACAAGGACUUGGCUGUCAGCAAGAUUGUGGCCCACAUCUUUAUGGUAUCCAGUGUUCCUCUACGUGUGGUCAGUGUAGCGGGUCGUCGGACUGUCAGAAGGAUGAUGGAACAUGCACACAAGGAUGUCAGCAGGGUUACAGUCCCCCUUUGUGUAGAACCUGUUCUUCUGGUUAUUAUGGGUCCACGUGUACAGGAUGUGGCCGCUGUCAGAACAAUGCUCCUUGUAACACGGCAGAUGGGAGUUGUGAUGCUGGGUGUCAAACUGGAUAUCAGGGGCCAAUGUGUCAAGAAUGCAGUGACGGCUGGUUCAGCUCUGACUGUGACAAGCAGUGUCAGUGUCAGGAUACAACUGAAGUAUGUAACAAGGAGACUGGCAACUGUAGGAGUGGAUGUGCUGCCGGGAAACAAGGACUGGGCUGUCAGCAAGAUUGUGGCCCACAUCUUUAUGGUAUCCAGUGUUCCUCUACGUGUGGUCAGUGUAGCGGGUCGUCGGACUGUAAGAAGGAUGAUGGAACCUGCACACAAGGAUGUCAACAGGGUUACAGUCCCCCUUUGUGUAGAACUUGCCAGUCUGGUUAUUAUGGGUCCACGUGUACAUCACAAUGUGGCCAUUGUCAAAACAAGACGCCUUGUAACACGGCAGAUGGGAGAUGUGAAGUUGGGUGUCAAACUGGAUAUCAGGGGCCACUGUGUCAAGUGUGUGCAGUUCACUUCUAUGGACCGCCCUGCCAAGGAUGUGGACACUGUAAGGACGAUACCCCAUGUUCUGAUCUUAAUGGGACAUGCGUGACUGGCUGUAAACCUGGAUAUGAACCUCCACUGUGCAACACAGCAUGUUCCGCUGGUUCCUACGGGUCGCCCUGCAGGCAGUGUGGACACUGUCAGGACAACACUAACUGCUCCAGGCAAGAUGGGACAUGUUCUACUGGGUGUGAGGCUGGAUAUCGACGCCCACUGUGCCAUGAGAAGUGUCCAGACACAUUUUAUGGAGUGAACUGUUCGUCAGGUUGUGGCCAGUGUCAUACAUUAACAACGUGUCACCAUGUGAAUGGAAGCUGCCCUGAAGGGUGCAGUAAUGGUUACAAAGGACCUUUGUGUAAAGAAUGUUCUGAUGGUUAUUAUGGUUCCAACUGCACUGCUUGUGGGCAAUGCAAGGGAGACAACUGCAAGUCACUAGAUGGAGAGUGUCCUGGAGGAUGUCAGCCUGGCUAUGAAGCUCCACUAUGUCAACAAGAGUGUGUCAACAACACCUAUGGAGAAAACUGCCAAUAUCCCUGUGGCAACUGUCUUAAUGGGACAUGUCAGCCCUCCAAUGGCUCAUGCAUACUUGGGUGCGAGGAAGGCUACAAGGGUGAUUCCUGCAAACUGUCUACAAGCUCCCAAAAGGGCGACGGUUCCAUAUCCAGUUCUACAGUUGGUGCAAUAAGUGGCGCGGCUGUAGCUGUACUAGUGGCAGUGAUCCUCGUAGUCCUGUUGGUCGUCAUCAAGAGAAGACGUAAUAUGAAGUCUCAAGAAGAAGAAAAUACAAUUUCUCUCGGUAAAGUAAAAGGUGAGAAAGACACUCCUGCUGCAGGUAAACCUGCGCCACCUGAAAAGCCUGCUAAGAAACCAAAGCCUCCUGCAGACAACGUGUACGAGAACUCGGAGCCAUACUACAACGUCGUCCCAGCUCCUGUGUCCCUGGACAGGCUCAAGCAGUACGUCAGGGACAGAGAGACAGGCGUGGGAUUCGAACACGAGUACAAGCUACUCCGUUACGGAAUACACGGAGCUCAUGUCGAAGGGAGAAAACCUGAAAAUAAAAAGAGGAACCGUUUCUUGGAACUAUUUCCAUAUGACGACAGUCGCGUUGUUCUGAUGCCAGAUGGUGAUGCCACAUGGGACUAUAUCCACGCCAGCUACAUAACUGGCUUCUCCGAAUCCAGUGUGUUCAUUGCUGCACAAGGACCAAACCCUGUCACUGUGAACGAUUUCUGGAGGAUGGUGUGGCAGGAAAACGUAUCGAUAAUCAUCAUGCUAACUAGAGUCAUGGAACUAAACAGGAAAAAGUGCGAACAAUACUGGCCUGACGAGAACGAACAGAAGAUAUGUGGUCGCAUUGUCAUCAAGCCACUGUUGGCCACAGUCAGGGCGGACUUUACCAUCAGAAGAUACAGUGUUCACCAUUCUACGAAACCCUCUGACAAGAGGACAGUGACGCAGCUUCACUUCACGUCCUGGCCUGACCACGAUGUUCCUUCUGCGCCGGCUCUGGUCGGCUUCUGGAAGCAGUACAGGAGUCUGACGUCAUCAGAGGAGGACAUUACCGGACCUGUUGUAGUUCACUGCAGCGCUGGCGUUGGACGUACGGGGACGUUCAUUGCUCUGGACAACCUCUUUGACGAAGCAGAGUCUCUGAACAAAGUAAACGUGUUCUCGUGUGUGUCCAAGAUGAGAGAGGCUAGGAUGAACAUGGUGCAGACUGUGGAGCAGUACCGCUUUGUUCAUGAUGUUCUCCUUGAAGCUCUUGGGAGCAGGGGGACUUUUUAUACCUCUGCUGAAUUUGAGAAAACAAUUGGAAGUGGUUUGACAUAUACCAGACACGAAGAGGCGGAGAUGAGCAGGCAGUUUCAGUCACUCAAAGCUAUGCAGCAGGACUUAGAUGAUGAUGUUGUGACUGCAGCUCAACUCCCGGAGAACAGAAGCAAAAACAGGAAUCAAGACAUUGUACCAGCGAACAAUGUUCGACCCUAUCUUUCCACUCCCGUGCCAGGCCAUAAUGACUACAUCAACGCAGUAGUGCUUCCAUCUGCCACACGUGCCCAUGGUAUAAUAGCAACCCAGACACCAGUGACACCGACUGUUGUUGACUUUUGGAGACUGGUGUAUGAUCACGACUGUUUCACCAUUGUCUGUCUCGAAGACGAUAAGUUAACCUUUCAGAGACUGUAUCCCAUGAAGGAUCAAGUGUUGGAGAUGGGCCCUUUCCGAGUCACAUACAACACAGAGGACACUACAAGAGACAUCUUUACCAUCGUUCAGAUAACAGUAACACUGAAUGAAGAGAUCGAUUCAAGUCGACUGAUCACAGUGUACAAGAUGAAAUCCCGCAUCCCUGGGAGCACGGAAGCUAUGCUGGAGUUCGUGAAUGAGAUCGACACUAUGGGUACUUCCGAAGACCACAAGACGCUUGUGCAUUGUCCUGACGGUGCCCGACUGUGUGGAGUGUUCUGCAGCGUCCUCAACAUCAUCAGCAGACUCAGACUGGACAAGGAUGUGGACAUCUACCUGACCAUCCGGGAACUCCAGUGUAUCAGACACCAGUUCGUACAGUCGUAUGAUCAGUACAAGUUCUGUUACGACAUGGUGAAGGAAUACCACAGAGCUUCCAGUGUCUACGCAAAUAUGUAACACGGGUUGGUCGACAUGGAUCUUCACCUUAUUGUUUGGAGACUUUUUAUGUCUCAGGUACUAUUUAGUCAGUUCUUUUAUCUCAGUAUAUUUGUAUUAUUGACAUGAUUACAGUAAUGCAUGUGUUCUCAGCUGUGCAACUGUUAAAAUAUAUAUCUUCAUCAUGCACCUGCAGACAGACACGGACGUAUUUCAGAUGGUUGUAGUAUUUCCUGAUCACUCAAUUACAGUGAAAAGGAUCAAUGUUAUUUAAGGCCGCUUUGCAAUAUUCACGAUAUAUCACUAGGCCCUGUACAUGACUGAAUCUGAACCAGGCAAAUCAUUGACAAUAGACACAAGCAAUGAUCCGAGAUUUAUGGGCACUAUGACACGCUAUCAACCACGUUACCGAUGUUGACUGGGUCAAUACAACACGGGCAAACAAAAUAGAAUAGUGUAACUAUUGCAUGCAGUAUAAGAAACUUUUGCAUGUAAUAUGAGAAAGUAUGACACAGCCAAGUUGUAAACUACGGGUGUUAUGUUUAACUAUAUGGCACGGACAAAAUCAUACAGAAACGCCCAACACAGAUAUGUCAUUCAACAAUUCACAUCACAGGCAUUUUAUAAAGGAACACAUUGCAUCCUUAAUACAAAUGUCAAUUUUUGGUAUAAUUAUCACAGGUGAGGUGAGGUUAAAUGAAGUUUAACGUCGCUAUAGAAGGAUUAUUGUACUUAUAUAGCGACGUGCAUGCACGUGUGUGUAUGUGGCUGUUUGUACUAGUCAAGACUAAGGUCGAUUUUAUUAGUGCUAUCCCACUAAGAUACCAUGCCGCAGUUUAACAUGGAUACCCCACGCAGACACAGUAUCCUGACUCCGAGGCGACCAGUCCUUGUAUUAGCCCCUUAAUGCCGCGCGCGAGGCAAGGUAAUAACAAGUACAAUCUUUUAACGUCUUUUGGUAUGAAGCGGCCGGACCUUCCGAUCGCCGGGUGGAUGCUCUCCAACAAAACCAGGCGAUCGACAUGUCUAUACGCUAUUACUCGUUUCAUCAUUUUGACAGAGGUGAUAUUGUAGAGCAAAUCUAUACGGUUUAAACUUCCCGGGUUAUUGUUAAAAGACAUAAAACGUUAACGUUUCUAGACUGCACUUGGCUGACAAUGUUAUCACACAUAGAUUAACCCAUGCAAUUCUGGUAUCACAGUAUGUAAGAGACACCAAUAUACAAAGAGAGCAGUGUCAUGUUAUCUCACAUAAAUUUAAUUUAUCCCAUUAACUGAGAAUCGAAAUUACAAAUGGAAAAGAUGCGAUGGUCUUUAUCCAAUAUGUCUGAAAAUUGAUAAUCAAAUUCAUUGGCAUAUUGUGCAUUCUGAAUGGUGAUUGAUCCGUUUUCAGACCAUUUAGAUAUCUAUUGAUUAAGUUCCACGUCGGACGUACAGAGUUUUUGUGCCGACAGUAGUAACUGGUCGCUGUUCUCAUAUCUAUGACAAAUAUGGUGUAUACACAUGACCAGAUUCAUAAAGUUGUUAUCGUACACCUUAUGCACAUGAAACAUGUCAUAAACCACACCUACAAUUGAUCAAACAUAUAUUUGUGAAGCAUGUUGUUUUCAAUAGUAACAUUAUUCUGUCGAAACUACACUUCCAUUUUCUUUCAUUGUUUCACAGCAAAAGUGUUCAUUCCAAGUAGUUAUUUUCUUGUCAUACAAUUAUGCUCAUUCAAGCAAACAGACACUUUCAUCUUUAUAUUGUGAACAAUGUAUCAGCUUUUAGUUGUGCUAUUUAAAUAAAUGACCAUUUCAUUUGUCA